AUGAAGAAGAAUGUUAAGGAAAAAGAUGACACUCAACUUCUUAUCAAUAGACAUAACUCAGACGACAUUGGAAAACUUGAAGAUGAUACGAAUUACCACGCAACUAGCCCAAAUUUUCAUGCUCUUCCUCACAUUUUCAAUUUGGUAAACUGUAUAGUUGGAGUUUCUGUUUUAGCAAUGCCAUUUUGUUUCCAACAGUGUGGCAUAUUACUAACUGUUAUUAUGAUAGCGUUCUGUUCAAUACUUACCAAGGUUACAUGUCAUUUCUUAACGAAAAUAUCAUUCUCUUCGAGAAAACGUAGCUAUGAAGCGCUCGCCCUAGCUGGGUUGGGCUCUACUGGGCGACGUUUUGUCGAAAUUAGUCUUCUACUUUUUUUAAUGUCAUCGGUAGUUGCUUAUAUUGUUGUUAUUGGAGACAUCGGUCCACACGUAGUGGCAGAUUACUUAGAGCUUGAAGCUCCCACAUCACGGUUACGAACUCUUGUUUUGAUUGUAAUUAUGUUGUUUGUUGUUUUUCCUUUGUGCUGGAUCAAGGAUUUAGAGACUUUCUCCGUUUUAAGUUCGGCUGCCGUUUUGUUUUAUGCGGUUUUUGUUGUCAGAAUGCUUGGAGAAGCAUUACCUGUGUUAUACGAUGGUAAGUGGAGUAUGAACGUCGUCUGGUGGAGACCAGAAGGUUUCCUUAAAUGUUUGCCUAUAAUUGCAAUGGCUCUUUCAUGUCAGACUCAGCUCUUCUGUGUAAUGCAGUGUAUGAAAGAUCCUUCUGCCCAAAAAGUAGAGAUUGUGGUCUCAUCAGCUAUAAAUUUCUGCUCCGCAAUGUAUGCAGCAGUCGGCUUGUUUGGAUAUGUAGCAUUUUUUGCAAAAGACCUACAUGGCGAUGUUUUGGUUGAACUAGAGUCUUCUUUCUUGACAGAAAUGCUGAAGUUGGCAUUUAUGUUAUCUAUAGCUUUGUCGAUUCCUUUGAUGUUGUUUCCAACUCGAUCAGCUAUGUACAACUUACUGCUCCGAGAUAGCGGUUGUGAUUUACCGUCUGCCUUCAUCGAUUCUCACACUUUUCAUAUUUUAACUGUAAUCAUAUUAGGAUCUAAUGUUAUGGUAGCGCUUCUCAUACCAAACGUUGAAUUCGUGUUAGGAUUGACCGGUUCGCUUAUUGGAUCAUUGGUUACUACUAUAAUUCCAUCGGUUCUGUAUUUAUCUUUGAUCAGGCGCGGGUCGAAUUUGACAACGGUUGCUAAGCUAUGUAUGAUUGUGGGAUUCUCGAUCAUGUUAGGAAGUACAUGGGCUACUCUAAGUGCUGAUCAGCGCAGUUCAAUGGUUGAAAAACCAGUUCCUAAGGAUUCUGUUGUGGACCCCCCUGCUCUGAAAUCACUCGAAAGACUAGAGGAGAAAGUGCUAGAUACUAACUUGAAUAUUUCCCAGAAAUUAGAUGACAUUGCAAACUUUGCUGCUAAGGGUGAUCAGCAAGAGGCAGCUCGACUAAUUGUCGAAAUGAAAGAGCAGCAAGAAGAACAAGUCAAACUCAUAAAAAAACAAGAAGAAAUUGUGGAAGAGCUGAAUAAACAUGUUGAGAAGCAUAAAAUAGCUAGUAUAGAGAACAAUGUUAAAUUAGAGAAAAGCCUGAAUAACACCGAAGAAGAAGAAAAGAAAACAAUAGAUCUUAAAGAUUCUAAAGAGGGUGAUAUUAAAAAAGAAGAAGUGAAGAGCAAUGAAUAG